CUGAUGCUAUUUUUAGAACAGGGAAGCCAUGGCGAGUGUGAGGACGUUUGGCCGACAAGGUGUCAGAGCUUUAAGAUGUAUACGGUUCAGCCAAAGGGAGGAGAUUACCAGGUGCUUGUGUGGAGCGUUGCUGACACAACAACCCAGGACGUGUGGAGACCUGAUGCUGUCAGAUAUUCAGAGGCGACAUCUCUUUUCGUUACCUAAAGUUGGUGGCGUGCUGUCUCCGUCGAACAAAAGAAAAGAUUAUUCAGAGCGGAGAAUAUUGGGCUACUCCAUGGAGCAGAUGUACACCGUGGUUGCUGGCGUUGAACACUACAAGGAGUUCGUGCCCUGGUGUGUGGGGUCAUCUGUCACACAUACACGACCCGGUCACUGUCGAGCAAAACUGGAAAUCGGCUUUCCUCCAUUGCUUGAGAAGUAUACUUCGUCUGUGACUCUCGCUAAACCCAACUUGGUCAGGUCCGAGUGUACUGAGGGCCGGCUCUUCAACCUGCUCUUGACGACCUGGAAGUUCAGCCCUGGCUUACCUGGCAACCCCCAGACCUGCACCCUGGACUUCUCAGUAUCAUUUGAAUUUCGAUCCCGCCUUCACUCACAAUUGUCAACAUUAUUUUUCGACGAGGUAGUGAAGACGAUGGUGAAUGCAUUUCUCAAAAGGGCCACAAAAAUCUAUGGACCUGAAUCUAUCAAAAGACAGAAGCCUAAAAUAGUGAUUUACAACUCAUGAUGUUGGCUGAAUUUAGGAAAUUUGGGAAUUGUAAAUAUUGGAUAUUUGAGCAAGUGAUCUAAGGGUUGAUACAACCAUGUCAACAGUAGAGGACUAAAACAUGCUUGACUCCGCUCUUCUUACUCAGGACAACCCAAGAUGGGGUCACUUGGUCCAAAACUGCCUCUCGAGUGAUGUCUGAUCUUCUGUACAUUUCUGCCAGGUAUUAAGUACAGUUCCAGCAUUGCAGAAACGAAAUGAUCAUUGUUACUUUUACAAUGAAGGUCUUCUGCGAAACUUAAGAUUGACAGAAAUGGUGGAAAAAUCUUUCGAAAUUUCAGAUAUGAGUUAAUUAAUGAUAUGAUGACUGUGACAUUCUUUCUUGAGGUAGUUUGAGUUUUACUGAUGGCAGUUAGAGGCAAAGCCUUUAUUACUUAAUUUGACUCUUGUUGCAUUGGAAGCUGUUGUAAAAUACCUCUGUAACUAAGAGAAGAGAACAGGAAUUCUAGUGCCAAAAAUGUAUUUAAAAGGUGGUCUGGAAACUGAGUUUUUAGAAUGCUAUAGUCAUAUGAAAUCUCCAUGACACAUUAACUAUGAUCAUCUAGAAAAUUAGGUGUUCUUAAACUUUUCAGUAGUAUAUUUGGCCAUUUUCCUGCUACAAUCAUCACUUUUAACUUUAAUAAUCCUUAGAACUGGAAGCAAAUAGGAAUCUGAUCAUCCAAGAAAAUAGCAUCUCUUUCCCCAGUGUCGUGUCCUUCCUGAGACAUCUGACCAGUUGUUGACCUCUGCAACUGACCAAUAUGUUUAAAGAGGAACACUCCUUAAGGUCACUUGAAUGAUGUGUGUUCCUCAAGAUUUGUUAUAAAAUCGCGCAGUUGUGUUUUCGUAUUCUUCUGUGUGACUUCUUACACCAUGGGAACAAGAGACAGAUUACUGGGAAGUCAGUUUGAAACAUUGAGUUGGCAGUAACUGGUUUUUCAUGAUUUUAGUUUGAUAUUUUGUACUGAAGGGUAUUGAUGAAUUUAAGAACUUUCAAAUUUCAAGACUUGCAAAUAUGUGUGUUUUUUCAUCUUUACAUACUUGUAGGGUCAAAAGGGUAAGAACAAUUAUGUGGUCUGUUGAUCUUUGAAAACACAUAUAUUGAUAUUUAUUAUGAUUGAAGAAAAAUUUGUUUUGCAUGUGUUGUAAAAUUUCCAUGGGGACAAACAAGAAGUGUGGUUAGGAUUUAGUGACAACAAAAUCUGGAAAACUAGAUCCUGCUUUUCUUGGAACUUUAAGGUGUGGCAGAUAUUCAGUACAUCUUGUAUUGUGACAGAAACAAUCACCUCAUCUUGGAAUUUAUGAAACAUUUGGACAUACUUGAUGUUACAAUGAUAAAUAGUACAGUAUGUUCAAGAAACAUCAGUAUUGUGAAAAGCUUCCUGAUAAUUCUUUUCCUAUUUGUUUGUGUAUAUAUACUAAUAUAUUUAUGUUAUGUCUUAUUGCCAUGGUUACUGAUGAUUCCUGGGAAUGUCCAUCUAAGACCUGUCUGACCUUUGUUUGUUGAUGUUUUUACUGUAAAUGUUACAGACAUGUUCUGUUUUAUUUUACAACAAAAACAAAUUGUUUAUCCAAAGCACCAAUCCAUUGUCAAGAAACAUUUUCAUGACAAAGUCAUGUUUUUUAUUUCUAAUUGAAAAUAAAGAGCUGAUAUUGUGGGUACAAAAUUUAAUGAUAACACCAGUGUCUACAAGUUUUAUAUACUUUAACAUUUAUCCCGGAGAAAAGAAUUGUUUAUACAGCUUUUUGAGCCUGAAGGUCAGAAAAUUAUAUGUUCUGAACAGAGUUACCUCCCUUUGUCAAAGUGACAUUGUUUCUGUUGGCAACAGGUUGUUCCUGCAAUGGAGUUUCUGAAUGAUUCUUGAAAGAUAUGGUGAAAAGUCAAGUUUUAUGGCUGUGAUAUGACUGUUAAGAGGCUGGUGACACCCUCCUGGUUUUAUUAAAUAUCUUGUAGAUAUUUCUGUUGUGUCCACAGCAACUUUUCUUACCAUCACCAAGUGUUGAAGAUUGUUUGUUUCUGUUAUUGAUCAUUUUGACUGAUGACAUAUUGUCAAAGGUACAAAUGGUUCAGUCAAGGUUUUAUAUUUAAAGUGAUGAAAGUGUUCGCUUUUAAACAUGUCAUAAAAUUGUUGCAUACAAA